AUGAAGGAUUCACUUGAUCUAUCAGCUAUAAAUCCAGGUUUAUCUGAAUCAUCAUCAUUGAAACAUGUAUGUUCGAAUGAAAUCUUAAUACGAAAUCAACCAUAUAUUAUAUCAAUGUCUAUUCAUAAUUCUAAACAACCACAAAUGGAUUUAGAAGUUGAAGCAAAAGAAAGUGCAGAUCAAUGGAAAGGAUCUUUUGAUGUUACAGCUAUUGAAACAAUGACAGCUAAAACGGGUAAUUUUAAAUCAUUUAAUAUUUUUGUUAGUAUGCUCGAAAAUGCAGUUAAUCAAGAAAGUACAUCGGUAAGCAUUGAUUUAUUUACAUAUGAUGAUCUUGAAACAUUACGUAAAAAACGGCAAGGUCAAAGUGGAAAUAUUCCUAAUCAUCCAACAAAUAUUCAAUUAGCUAAUAAACGUUAUUUAAUCUUAACAUAUAAUGCUGAAUAUGAUCGAAUCUAUUAUCCAUUAUCACUUCCAUAUUGUGGAAAACCAGAUCCUGUUAUUUUAAUGCAACAAAUUCGACAAUUAACAACUGAAAAUCGUUUAUUAAAAUCUCGACUUGAAUCAGAUGUUGAACGUAGUGAUAUAAUACGUCUUCAACGAGAAUGUACUCGUUUAAAAAAAGAAAAUAAUGAAUAUCGUCAACAAUUAUCAUCGAAUCGUUCAAAUAAUUCAAAAGAUCAACAACAACAACAACAAAUUGAAUUAUUACAUCAAAUGAUACGUACUAGUGAAGAUGCUUUAGUUAAAGAACGAGCUAAGAUAACAAAAAAUGAUGAUUAUAAAACAUUGAAUAAUCAAGUUGAAUUAUUAAAAACAUCAGAACGACAAUUAAAAUCAAAAGUGAGAAGUUUAACAAAUGAAAUUGCUUUACUUAAACGAAAUAGUCUUCAUCAUCCAACUACUGUUCGAUCAUCAUCAAGAGAACGACCGAUUCAUCUUAAUGGUUAUUCUCCUCGUUCAUUUCAACAACGUCCACCGUCAACAUCUCGUCCAUCAUCAGGUGAUCAACGUCGACAUCGUUCUGAUCAUUUAUUACCAACAGCUUCAUCUCGUAAUCGUUCAAAACAUCGUUCUAAUUCAAAUGAUUCUCGUCGAAGUGGAAGUGGAACUCGUCCUCGUUCAACAAGUAUUACAAAACGAUCACCAUCACCAGCAGAUUCACGUAGUCGAUUUAAUCCAACAGCUUAUAUUCGUGAAAGAAAUCUUAAAUUACGACAAAUUGAAAUACAAAAAAGUAGAGAAACUCGACGAAGACGAAGUGUUGGUCGACAUGGUUCUGAUUCCGAUAUGAGUGAUUUUUCUGCUCGAGGUGGAAGUAAAGCAGGAUCAAUUGCUAGUUUAAAAUUAAAUGAUAGUGAUGAUGGUUUACGUACAUCAGGUUCUCGACGAAGUACAAGUCGAAAACGAACUAGAGAAUAUAAUCAAUGUAAAUCUAAAGAUUCUACUGAUUCGGAUAUUGAAGGUGUAUCAUCACCACCGAUUUUACGUAAAGCAGCAUCAAAUAAUGCAACAAAUUUUGUUUCACAUAAAUCUCAUCAUCAUUCAUCAUCUGAUCAUGAUCAACAAAAUAUAAAUUCAAUAAAACCAGAAUCAACAAAUGUCAAUGAUAUGAUUGAUAUUGAUGAACGAUUAAAAUCAUUAGAAAAAUUUAUGAAAGAAAAUUUACCAAGUUAA